AAAAGCGCAAAGAGCUGGGAUUCGAGGUCAAGACGAUGACGUAAUCUGCCGGGGAGUAAUUCUGGGGACGCGUCUCCAGCUCCGCACAGUCCGGCGUCUCUCGAAAGUCCCCACAUCGUCCGCAGACAUCGUGAAGAGUCAAUUGCACUGAUUCGAGCAUAAACCUGAUUCAAGCAUUCAGCAAACAAGCAUCAAUACAAUGUCGUCCGAAGAAGGAUUCUGCCCGAUCCCCGGCACCGAGAUCAAGCUCGCGUACAAGGUGCUUUCGCCCACGUCCUCGCGCCCGGUGGUGAUGCUCUCAAACAGUCUCUCGUCCUCCUACGACUACCUCUGGACCGAGUUCAUCGACCAUUUCCGCGACAAAUACACAAUCGUCCUCUACGACCAGCGGUUCCACGGCAAGUCCCCGCUCGUCGACGGCUUCGACUACUUCGGCAAAGGCAACUCCUACCAGGACUUCACCAAUGACGUCAUCGUCCUGCUCGACCACCUCGGAAUUGCCUCCCUGCACGCCUUUGUCGGUCUCAGCAUGGGCGCGACCACCGCCUUAUUUCUAAAGGCGAAGUACCCCACGCGGGUGGGGUACAUCGUUGCCGCUAGUUCCGCGCUCAGGAGCCCGCCUCGGCCGGCGCCGGGCCAGGUCGACGCCUUUGGCGAGCGUCUGGAUUUUGCGCGCGCGAAUGGCAUGAAGGCGCUCGCGCCCAAGACGAUGGAACGCUGGUUUCCCGGCGAAUCGGGAGCCUCGUUCCUCAAGGCGCACCCCGAGCGCGAGGCGCAGCUUCUGCAGAUGCUCGAGACCACGCCGGUCGAAGGUAUGGGAGCCGCGAUCCGCGCGAUCCAGGACUAUGACCUGACGCCGGCGCUGGAGGACAUCAAUACGCGCGGGCACGGACGCCAGGUGCUGCUAUUCGCGGGCUUGCUAGACGGGCCUGUGAUGAGGGAGACUAUGGUGAUGAAGGUCAUCGGCGGCACGAAUCUUGAGAUGUAUGGCGACUGCGGACAUAUGGUGAACAUCCAGCAGUCGGCUAACUUCAACGAGCGGGUGGCUGACUUUUUGGAUUGAGAUUGAGCGUGAGGGAAUAAAGAGCAAUAAAGGAGAGAAAAGAGAAGGCGGGUGAAGGGUGGGUGAAGGUGUAAUAGCGGCUGUUGUAUGAGUUGCUUAUUGACUUGUAUGAAAGUUUUCGGGCAGCCGACACCUGCCACUGCGUUGAAUACAAUGGCGAUGUAUCCUCUAGUUC